GGUCCGCCGGAGCCUCGUCGGCCGGCUGUGGUUCCGGAUAGAUGAGUCCAGACCCGGAGAGGAGCCGCACCGGUUCUCCACAGGCGGAGAAAGCGACUCCGUGACCGUGACUGCGGCGCCACCACCGGAUCCGAUCACACAAGCCGCGGAUGAAUGAAGUGGUUCUGUUGGACCGGUCGGCUGGGAUCGAGACUUGCGUAACACAACGUGUGGACCGACCGAAACCGAAUUUCAGGUGAGCGGAGGCUGAAUUCACUCGUUCGGCAUGAUCAGCGAGGACGCCGUCUCUCAUCGCCGGUGAGCCCAUCGAGAUGACUGAAGGCCACAUCAUCCUCCACGGCGGGAACGCUGACCUCAUCACACCUGGUGGGAAGGAUGGAGAUUUUUGUCCACGCUACGUCCACAAAGAUGAGGAUUUCAGUGCACCAUUGAAGGAGUACCUUUUGGAUGGACAGUCAGUUGGAGGUCGCCAAAUCGAUCAUCUGGAAGGAAAUGCAUCAUUAGUUUCAAAAACUGAGCACAUCUCCAAUCACAUUGUUGUCAUGGAGCAGAAUUAUGCAUCAAGUGAGAAUCACAAUGGCGCCACGGUUAAAGCCUUUUACAGUUGCGGUUCCUCUGGUCGGAACAAAGAGGAAUCUGAAGGCGAUGUGUCCACCAGCAGAGAGACCUCUGUGAUUGGUCAGGGUCCUGUGCCUGAUACUCAUUGUGUCACCGCUGGGACAAAGCCUGCUUUUGAUGGUCUGGCUCAUCGUGCAUCAGAUCCACCAGACUACGAGUCGCUCCACAGGCAUUCCAUCCCUAUAUCGAACCACGAAAGCAGGGACAGCAGCCAAGAAACUGGCUGUACAGCGUCGACAGAGGAGCCAGACUUGGUCAUCGAAGUCAGCGGGCAGAAGAUCAAUGUGCACAAGUCUAUCCUGGCAGAAAAGAGCGACUACUUCAAGGCUCGACUGUCACGGGAUAUCCUCAAAGUGAAGGGGGUUAGCUACAAGACUUUGUCAACUUUAAUAGAUUACGUUUACACAUCUCAAAUGAAUGUGUCCAAGGAUAAUGUUGUGGAUGUCAUCACGGGAGCCAAGAUCCUCCAGAUCCCCUGUGCCGUGCAGGCUGCCAUGGACUCUAUGUCAGAGCAAAUCACAGCAGGGAACUGCUACGAAAUUCUCACCAUUGCCAAAAAACAGAGACUUGGCGAACUCAAGGAGACUGCCUACGGCUUUAUGAGUGACAACUUUUUGCAGAUCCUCAAAGACCCAUCUGUGUAUGGGCGUCUGACUGGGUCGGAGCGAGACCUGAUCCUCAAGAAGAGGAUGGAGGGGAGGAGGACUCUGUUAGUUGCAGAGACUAAUGAUGUGUUUGAUCGUGUCGGAAGCCGGCCACCGAGCCGCAGUGGCAGCCGACCACAGAGUCCCUCGUCCACGGCGUCUUUCGAGGACAGCCGCAUGAUUUAUUAUUUUAAUGAAAAAGAAAAUGACUGGAGGUCUUUGACUACGAUGCCUGAGGACUUGAACACUAAAGGCUGUGGUAUCUGCACCAUGUACAACUAUCUGUUUGUGGCUGGGGGGAUAAAGGGCUACGGGGACAAAGGCAAAGUUUCAGACAGGGUCUUCUAUUACAACCCUAUAACCAACUGCUGGACUGAGGUCCGUCCUUUGAACCAGGCCCGUGCCCAGCUGAAGCUUGUGUCCAUGGAUGGCUACCUGUACGCCAUCGGGGGUGAAUGUUUGUUCACAGUGGAAAAAUACGACCCUCGUAUGGACCGCUGGACCACAGUGGCCCCCUUACCGAAAGGAGCCUUUGCAGUGGCCCAUGAGGCCACCACCUGCAGCGGAGAACUUUACGUUUCCGGGGGGUCCCUCUUCUACCGCCUUCUUAAGUACGACUCCAAGAGGGAUGAGUGGCAGGAGUGUCCCUACAACAACAGCCGCAAGAAGUCCUCUGACAUGGUGGCUUUGAAGAGCUUCAUCUACCGCUUUGACGUCAACCGCGAGCAGGGAAUCAACGUGUUCAAGUACAACACCAUCGUGAAAAUGUGGCACGACUGCGUGUCGCAGCGGCUCGGAACCUAUUUACCCUUCAGGUGUGCCGUCAUCGGGAACUGCAUCUACUGCGUGAACAAAUCGCAGACGCUCCAGUUCGUAGUGGAGGAGGAGAGCGUCUACUUUGUGGAGGAGGCACUGAGGGCGCCUGUGGAGGCCAAAGGCGUGCUCUUUCCUUUUGUUCUCACUUUGCCUGAAAAAGUUCUGUGAUGCAGCCGAUCCACGACAAGCAUUAGCGCCCCCCGGUGUCAGCUGUUUGUCGCAUUACCUGCUUGCGGUAGAAUGUUUUGUGUUUGCAUGACGGUUCAAUGUGAAACCUUAAAACUGUCAGUGCUGAAUGAAUUCAACUAUAGAAGAUGAGAUGAAAGUAACCGUAGAUAUCGUGUUGUGACUGUCCAUUUUUGUAAAAGCAAAUAGAUAUUUUUAAAAUAUUGAGUUCAUCGUUUUGUUUUGGUUUUUUGGGUUUUUUUUAAUGAGCUUUGUUGAAUAUUGGCUCAUUUUUUUAAAAAAUGGUUGAAGCAUUAACCGACGCCCCGCUGGUUCUGUCUGAUUGGCCGUUUAAGUUACAGUACAGAAGUGGUUCUCAAUCUGGGGGCAGCAGAUCCCUCGCGGGGACAUGGAUCUGUCGUAGGAGGGCAGCGGCAUCAGUAUUUGAAUUGCAGGUAAAAGUGAAUGAAGCUAAUUCAUGUGGAUAAAGAGUCAUGUUUCUGCAAAUCUAUUAGCACUGAAACUGCCUCC